CUACCAUCUAAUUGGAUUUCGUUGAUCCCACAAACAAAAACCAAAGGAUUAGGAUUCAGCGGUUUGUGAUGAGAUGCGUCUCGUUAGAAUCAAAAUCAAUGUCACCUCCAUAGCCAUCUGCGCUGCCUCUCCUUCUUCCUCCCUUGCUCACGCUUCAGAUCAUGCAACAUGUGGCUCCUCCGCGUGGAUUGGUAAAGGAUUCACUUGUGUUUGCUUCAAGCGAAAGGGAAACUAUCAACGAAUCUGCUAUAGCUUAACCCCUUUACAGGAGGAAAGACUGAGAAGACUAAAGCGCCGAAUGAAAGUUUUCUUUGAUGCUUCUAGGCUUGAUCACCAGGAUGCAUUGAGAGCUCUGUGGUCUGCUUCGUUCCCUGGUCAGGAGCUCCAAAGCUUGAUUUCUGACCAAUGGAAAGAAAUGGGAUGGCAGGGUAGAGAUCCAUCUACUGAUUUCAGAGGAGCUGGUUUCAUUUCUUUGGAGAACUUACUAUUCUUUGCAAAGACAUUCUCAAUUUCUUUUCAGCGCAUAUUGAAGAAACAAGGAGGAAAAGGAGCUAUUUGGGAGUAUCCCUUUGCUGCUGCUGGGGUUAAUAUCACAUUUAUGAUCAUGCAAAUGCUGGACCUUGAUGCUACCAAACCCAUGACUUUUGUAAGAGCAGUUUUUUUACAGAUGCUUUCAGAAAAUGAGUGGGCAUUCGACUUGCUUUAUUGCGUGGCAUUCGUGGUUAUGGACAAACAGUGGCGGGAGAGGAAUGCUACAUAUAUGGAAUUUAAUGAUGUCUUGAAACGCACGCGACUUCAGCUAGAGAAAGAGUUGUUGAUGGGUGAUGUUCUACGGAUUGAAGACAUGCCUUCUUUCAGUCUUCUUUUUUGACAAAAGCAUAGCAAGCUAUCUGACCAAAACCUUGUCACAAGCAUAGUUUGUGUACAUUCUUGCACACCUGCUUAUUGAAUCCGUUGCUUUAAUCUUUGUCCAUUAUUAACUAACAUAGCGUAUCUGUAAUUUGUCAUCAACAUUCCUUACAUGAUAGCUCUUAAUUAAAAUGAACUCGACUCCGUGAUUAGUGCUAAACAAAUUUCCAACUUGCCGGGUAGAC